AUGAGCGACAGACAAACAAAUCAAACGCGGGAUGAAUCUAUUGCUUCAAGUGAACUUGCGAUUAUCAAAUCGCCCAAUUCAGCACUGGAGUCGGUGUCUUUGCUCAUGAAGACAAAUCCACUCCGGCCCUUGGUCUCUUUUCGAGGCGGGCGUCAUGCAUAUCGAGCUUACUCCUCGCUCUCCGAGCGGUUGCAUCAUGAACUGACCACAAGGAAACUUCCGUUGACUUACGAUUAUCUGCACCCCCAACCCUCGCAUCUCCUGAACCUUACACUCCGAGAUCUUCUUCCACAAUCCCAGGGCUCCUCGGAUUAUGCGACUUUACCGUCAUUACAGAAUCCGUCCCCACUCCCGGCCGGUCAUCACUUAAUCUACUUCCCGCCGCAGGUGACCUUGUCCCAACUACUCCCGGACUGCACAGAUACGCUACACACGCCGGGCGAACCAUUUAAUCGGCGCCUUUGGGCAGGUGGAAAUCUAAGAUUCCCUGUGCGCAGUCCGCCUCUGGAUGGCAGCCGCGCAGUCUGCAUAGAAUCCAUUCGCAAUGUGACAGUGAAAGGCCGCGAGGGGGACGAGAAAGUGAUUGUCACCAUCGAGCGUCGCGUCGGCAAUGUUCCCGAACAAGAAACCGCCGACCAGACCUGGGACCGGGUAUGGAAAGAGAACGAAGACGAUGCGGGGGAAUCGUCAGUCAUUGAGAACCGGGACCUCAUUUUCAUGCGCCUAAAGACCAGCGCUCAAAUCGAAGCCGAUAAAGCGCAAUUCGGAAAGCCUGUCAGGACUGUGAAACCUCCUUCCGAUGCGACAUUCCGCCAUGCCCUCAUACCUACUAAGGCACUGCUAUUCCGAUUCUCCGCGCUGACUUUCAAUGCUCAUUCUAUCCACCUUGACAAGGGCUAUACUCAGAACCAGGAGGGAUACCCAAAUCUUUUGGUGCACGGUCCGUUGACACUCACGCUUAUGCUGAGUGUGCUUCAGCAACAGCUGAGUAGAUUGAAUCUCUGCAUCAGUACCUUUGAAUAUAAGAAUAUAGCGCCUCUUUUUGUUGAACAGGAGCUGGUGAUCUGUGGCAAGCCUAAAAAUGACACUGGGGCUUGGGAUGUAUGGAUUGAAGGUCCAGAUGGAGGAUUGGCUGUUCGGGGUACUGCACGGACGAGGUCGGAAUGA